AUGAGCGCCGGUGAGUUGCAGCAGGCGCAGCCCAGAGCCUCGGCGCCGGCGGCCGCCCCCGCGCCCCCGCAGCCCCGCAGCGCCCAGGAAGCCCCCGACAUGGCCGUGUACUGCAGCGAGAACUUCAGCGUCUACCCCCAGCCCAGCCUUCACCCCCCCGCGCCCUACCUGCAGGGCCCGCCCGGCGCCGCCGCCGCCGCCGCCGCCGCCGCGCCCUUCCUGCCGCCCGCCUCGUACGGCUGCUCGCGGGGCGGACAGCUCGUGGGCUCGCCCCCGGCGCCCGGCUCGCCGUCGGCGGGGGGCGCGGAGCUGAGCUGGCUGAGCCUGGCCAGCCAGGAGGAGCUGCUCAAGCUGGUGCGGCCGCCCUACUCGUACUCGGCGCUGAUCGCCAUGGCCAUCCAGAGCGCUCCCGAGAGGAAGCUCACCCUCAGCCACAUCUACCAGUACGUGGCCGAGAACUUCCCCUUCUACAAACGCAGCAAAGCCGGGUGGCAGAACAGCAUCCGCCACAAUCUCAGCCUCAACGACUGCUUCCGCAAGGUGCCCCGCGACGAGGACGACCCCGGGAAAGGGAACUACUGGACCUUAGAUCCCAACUGUGAGAAGAUGUUUGACAAUGGGAACUUCCGUCGCAAACGCAAGCGGCGCUCUGAGCCCAACGCCCCUGCGACCGCCUCUGCGGCCUCCUCUCUGGGGGGCCUGAAGGCCGAGGAAGAGCGACCCAUCCCAGCCACAGGCAAACCAUGUGGAAACAGCCCACCCCCAGAGCUGGACCCCUCACCCUCUGCCAGGGACCAUCCCAAAAGCUCCUCUCCCUCCGGUAUCAUUUCAUCCACCCCUAGCUGUCUCAGCACCUUCUUCAGCGGCAUGAGCUCCCUGAGCGGCGGAGGCAGCCGGCUGACGGGGGGUCUCAGCAGUGACCUGCACCACAGGAACUUCUCUGCUGGACAGCUGAGCAGUGGCACUUUCACCCCUUCCAGCAGCUCUUCUCAGGAGGUGCCUUCCCCAGACCAGCUGCAACGGGUCGCGGGACCUUCCCCCGCCUACUACAGCUCCUUCCACCCCAGCAGUGGCAGCCAGGGAGCCCAGUACAACCACUACUACAACUUCACAGUCAACAGCCUCAUCUACACACGGGAUGGGACAGAGGUGUAG